UUGAAGCAACUGUAACAAUUAAGUGAUACUGAGACUCCAGUGUUCCCUUUGGACGACGUGGUAAACAUAAAAUAUGCAUCACGAGUCGUGCAAGAUACGCUGAUCAGUAUGGCUGAGGAUAACAUUGUAAGCUGCGAGAUGGAGAGGCAUGUGGGAAACAGUCAUUAUCGAAUAAUUUUUUGAAACAGUAUCCUUCCCAGUAAUUCGAUCAGAUUGUCUAUAAUCACAGAGAGGUCGAACAACGGUUAAAAUCAUUAGUGAAGCUCGCAAAGUAAUAACGCAACAUAUUUAUUUUCUCAUUAAUGUAGUAUCUUAGUGAUAGACAUCACACAGUCAUAAUAUUGUACAUUGCAUUGAACGGAUUCAUCUUCAACAUUGGACCGCCCAAACAUACAAAUAACGAAUUUUGAUAUUGAAAAAAAAAUUCAUAAACUUGCGAUCGAUCAUUUAUCGAGAAAUAAAUAAUGGACAAACGCUGUGGAAGAACGUAGCAAAUUUCACAAGAACCAUUACGAAGCAACGUAAGUUGUUUCGGACAGUUCAUCAUGUUGGACCAAAAAAAUUUAAAGUAAAAAAAAAAUGAAAAAUAAUUUGGCUUUAUUGACAAGGAGAAAUGCUGGCCAUUCAAAAUUCAAGUUUUAAAAAAUUAUAAAAUAACAUAAUGAAUAUUCCAUAAAAAGAGAAAAAUAAAUAGGUAUGCGAUUAUAUUUCUAUCUUCUUACAUGUCAGUCGUGAAGUAACGAAUAAUUUUAUCUCUGUUAAUUUUAAUAUUAUAAUUUAAUUUGAUAGAUGCGCACAAAUUCGAAGCGACAAAAUGAACAAAGAAUACGAUCAAAUGCGAAAGGUAACUUUUAAUUUUUAUUAUUUUAUAUAGCUAUCUUUUUUUAUACUUUUUAUACAUAUUUCUCUACAUUUUUCUUUUCACGGAUUGUUUAGGGGAACUAUUCGAGGAACGAAAAUGAUUCAGUAACGAACUUCAUCUUUCCACACACGUUGGAAAUGACCGCACAAAUGGAUGAAACUCAGAAAAUCCGUGACAGAAAGAUGCGUGGAAUGCGAUCAUCAAAUAGGACAGAAGAUGGCAAUAGUAGAACUGAACGUGCCAAGAAUAUUAUUGAAGACCUGGAACGUCACGGACCAGCUGGUUUAAUACAUAUUGCCGUUUUGAGUAACAUUAUUGGAAAAUCCAUCAAAAUACACAAUGCUGAUAAGAGUUCAGAUAGCAUCAUUGGAAAAGAAACAACAGGGCCGAUGAUAAUAGUAGAAUACCAUGCGAACAAUCUGGAAGGAACUGGUGGGUUUCGAAUUGUAAAAGAAUGGACUUCCAUACCUUACCUGACCAAAUUCUCCGUUAAUCCUUGUUUAGGUCAUUGGACUCUGCAAGCAGGUAAAGACCCCGAUAAUACAGACAUAGAUUUGAACAGUUGUCUCUUUUCGGUAAUUGGCUCACAAACUGGGCUGAAUCCGUCGGAACUUCGUAAAUGGACAAUAUUAAGACUCAAAGGCAACCUUCGGCAGUUAGCCGACCAGCUGGACAAGAUCCUUCAAUUAGAAGGAACCAAAAAGGGAGUAUUGAUGAUUGGCGGAGCCCGUUACAGCGGAACCUCUGCCAAUGAUGCUGGGAUAGUCUUAGAUAAAUCCCAAAACGCCAGGUGUUAUGCGCACAGAGCUUUGGGUCAUCCUAGAGGUCACGCAUCAGACCCUUCAGCAACCGGUAGUACAGAUAAUGUCGAAAAUUAUUCACUGUCCACAGGAAGCGCGAAGACUGGUUUUCUGUCGCGAGCUGAUCAAAAUUUGGUCACUCAUUCAGUAUUAAGAUCUGACAAUGCUUACUCUGCGAUGCAGCGAUUAAAUGGAGGUUCGACCAACGAGGUGGUGGAAGUAUGGCCAUCUAUGUUAAGGUACAAUGGAAGAAAUUGGCCCAGAGCAAGGUGGUAUGCCAGAGGAUAUCCUAGUGGACCGGAACAGGACAUAAGACAGGUACUCAUGGUACUCAGACACCAUGACGCGGACUAUCGCAACCAGGAUGCAGAUGUUUUCAUCCAUACGUGUUAUCCGAAAGUGUAAAAUACAAGAAAGAAUAUAAACAUAAUUUGAUAACCUGCAGGUUAUUGAGGAAUCGUUCGUUUCAGAGAAAUCAGCUAUUACAGAUUUACCCUCUAUGGUUGUGCUUUCAGUAAUUUUUUCAAUUUCUUUAGAAAUAUAAAGAAAGAAAAUUGUAAAGUGAAAUUAAACGGCACAAACCUUUAAUCUAUGCUUUGUGGAAAUAUCAUGCGCAAAUAUCAUACUCUUCUGUAUUCUUGAUCUUUCCAAAGAUCGGAGGC